AAAACAAAAUUCCUUUCCCUCCACCAUAAAAUGUCUUUAUUUUAUUAUAAAAAAUAUUUUUUUAAAUCCAAUUAAAUCACACAAUUUAUAUUGUCCUCAUCUGAAUUCUCCCUCUGCUGCUCUCUCUCUUUCCAAAACGGUAAAUAAUAGAGCCCAAGAACCUCGAUCUGGUUGUCCGGAAACGGGAAAUCGACUAGCUCACACUUAAAAAAAAAAAAAAAAAAGGGAGCUCAGAUAACAUCUCCUUACCUAACAAGAAUGACAUUCCGUUUGUCAAUCGUAGCCGUCCCUGCAAGGGGCAUGUGAUUUUAACUGUCUCCGAUCUUGCCGUCCGUGCAUGCGCAGCUUCCAGUGUAUAGCUGGCCACCACCGGAAACCUCCUCACUUAUGUGUGUGGGGAUGAGAUUAGGAGGUCAGGGAUUGUAAAUUUUGCUGGAUGCGUGUUAGGUGCAGCUGGAUAAAUGCAUGUUACCGGGGAUCUAGGGUUUUCGAGCCUGGUCCCUCUGCUAUGUGUGGUGCUUCCGGUGAUCGCCUUUGUAAUUCGCCGGAAAUGGCGGCUUUCCGUUGCCAGGCAAGAGGAGAUCAAGCGGUUAUUGAUUUUGGCUUCGGAGGAGGCUGCUAGGGCCGAGCUUGAGGCUACAGUUUCGUACGGCGCGGUUUCUGUUUCGAGGAAUAGUUAUCAGUGUGCUGUUUGUUAUUGUCCGACCACUACACGGUGUGCCCGGUGUAAAGCUGUGAGAUAUUGUUCUGGUAAGUGUCAAAUUAUUCACUGGCGGCAAGGUCACAAGGAAGAAUGCUGUCCUCCUAAUGCCACUUACUACGUUAAUGAUGAUGGAGGCAAUUCUUCUCGGAAUGUGGCCAAAGAAAAACAAUAUGAUAUUUAUGGUGGCAGAAAUGGACAUGCACGAAUUGAAACUUCCUCUGAGGGACAUGUACUAUAUAAAACCGGUGGCAAUCAAGGAGUUCCACAUGUUAAAGGUGAUGUUUUUGAAGUUGAUUCUUUUGCCAAUACAGAGGGAACCUCUUCUACUUCUGAAUCAUUGGGCACCUCAUUUUCUGGCUUCUCUACUUCAUCUGUUGGUGGUGAAUCAUCUGAUGAUGUUUCUUUUGGUGAGAGUAUCAGUUCAAAUGAUGUUUCCAUUAAUAAGAGUAUCAGUUCAAAUGAACCUCGAUCAGAUGGACAAAUAUCUUCUGAUACUGUCCCUGAUGUGCUUGAGUCUGGUUUGAAAAAGGUGGAUCAUGCUGAGCCUCUGUCUCCAAAGUUUGCGAGUUUGAUUGAUUCUGUAGAUAGUUUUAAUAAAUUUAGUAAAUUAAAUAAGAGUAUAUCUCGCAGCAAUGAUGGAGAGACUCAGUGUGCAUCCACUGAUAUUACAGGUCUGAGUAUUAAUACCAUGCACGAUGGUUCAAUUACUCAGCCUGGUAAAGUUUCUUCUGGUUUCUGGGAUAGAAAUCUUGACUCUGUUGUUACCAGCAAUGUUGUCCAGGAUGAUCCAGAUCUGUCCAGUUCCAGAGAAGGGGCUAACAUCAAUUCUGAGUCAUUCCUACAUUUUAAGUUUGAUUUAUCUGGACGCAAAGUUCCUUCGUCAAAUGUACAAAGCUCAGAGGUGAAAGGCAUCAGAUCAGACAAUGCACAUCGGGCUAUUUCGGAGAUCAGUAGCCCUGUUGAUCGAGCAGUUUUAUCAGAAGACACUUGUGAUGGCAUUCCAAAGGCCAGGAGGUCCACAUCUGUGAGCUGUGAAAAGUCUGGUCAUAUGGAUAAUGAAUCCAGUCAUGAUUCAAAUGUGUCAAAGCCAACUGAGCAUAAAUCUGUGCCAUCAUCCUCUUCAUAUCCUCAUCUACCUCCAAGAAGUGGAGGUGCACUACAUACAAUUGAUUCAACUGUUUCAAAGUCCAAUGAUCUUAAAUCCCCAUCCUUCAGCUCUAACAGGUCAAAUAUUAUUGUCAAGGACACUGUUAGUACUUCACAUGUAUCUAAGUCUAGAGUAUCAUCUAAUGCUUCUGAAACCCAUUUGGCUUCUAGGGACAAUGGGCAUUCAGUUCCAAGUGUGAAAUCUGGGAAGAUUGAUAAUGUUGAAGCUGAUGCUGUGACUGCCUCUCCAACUAUUAGUGGGCUGAAAUCAUCAGUGCGGAAAGUUGUUGAUCAACUUAGAGGACCUAGAUGUGGAAAAUACAAUGAUAAGGGGCUUUUCUCAUAUGAUCUAUUUGUGAAGCUGUAUACUUCUAACAAGGUAGAAAUGCGACCUUGUGGCCUUAUCAAUUGUGGAAACAGUUGUUAUGCAAAUGCUGUACUUCAAUGCUUAGCAUUUACUCCUCCUCUGACUGCUUACUUUGUUCAAGGGCUCCAUUCUAAAGAGUGUGUAAAUAAAGAAUGGUGCUUCACUUGUGGGUUUGAAAGUUUAAUUUUGAAGGCAAAGGAAGGGAAGUCUCCUCUUUCCCCUAUUGGAAUACUAUCCCAGCUACAAAGCCUUGGAAGUCAGCUGGGUAGUGGGAGGGAAGAAGAUGCACAUGAAUUCCUAAGGUAUUCUAUUGAUGCAAUGCAAUCUGUUUGCCUUAAAGAAGCUGGGGUGAAUGCGUUAGGUUCCUUUGAAGAAGAAACCACUCUCAUAGGUCUUACUUUUGGAGGCUACCUUCAUUCAAAGAUAAGAUGCAUGAAGUGCCAUUACAAGUCAGAGCGACAUGAAAGAAUGAUGGAUCUUACUGUUGAAAUAGAAGGGGAUAUAGGGAAGCUUGAAGAUGCACUUAGACAAUUCACGGGUACUGAGAUUCUGGAUGGAGACAACAAAUACCAAUGUAGCAGAUGCAAAUCUUAUGAGAGAGCCAAGAAAAAGUUGACAAUACUGGAGGCUCCCAAUGUCCUCACAAUUGCAUUGAAGCGAUUUCAGUCAGGUAAAUUUGGAAAGCUCAAUAAGUCCAUUCGGUUCCCCGAGAUCCUGGAUUUAGCGCCAUAUAUGAGUGGCACAAGUGAUAAAUCGCCCAUAUACAGGCUUUACGGAGUGGUUGUCCACCAGGAUAACAUGAAUGCUUCAUUUUCCGGUCACUAUGUGUGCUAUGUUAAAAAUAUUCAGAACAAGUGGUUCAAGAUUGAUGACAGCACGGUAACACCUGUGGAGAUUGGAAGGGUCUUAACAGAAGGGGCAUACAUGCUUCUUUAUGCAAGGUGCUCACCCAGGGCUCCGAGAUUGAUAAGGAACAGAAUAGUAUCUCCUGAUCCAAGAAUGAAAGGCAGUCCAUCCAGAAUCAUUGAGAAGAAUGCUGCAUUGAAUUCAAGAUCCACAUCUACUCGUUCUAGUGUUUUCCAGUUGCAUCCCAAUUCGAUUCCUCCAGAUAGUUUGGCUAGCGUUGAAUCUUUCUAUCUGAAAUUCCACCGACUUCAAAGGAUUUUAGAAGAGGACUCAUCAAGCGACAAUUAUUCUUUUACCAGCAGCAAUUCAGACGAGGGUUCAUGCAGCACUGAGAGCACCCGAGAUUCUACAAGUACUGAUGAUCUUUCAGAUUACAUUUUUGGUGGCUGGAACAACUCUUGGAGGAACACAUCUGAUUCUGACACUUGUUCAUCCUCUUCUUCUUCCCCCUUGUGCUCGAGGCAUUCACCAGAGACAAGCAGGUCUCGAACUGAUUUUGCAGAUUCAGCAAUGGAGGGUGGCGAUUGGGAUAGGGUACCUAGUGGGAGUAGUAGGGUGGUGGAUUUGGCAGCCAAGGAAGGUGAUCAUUUUCUGCCUUGUGACUCGAGUAAACAAUGUAGAAAUUUAGGUAGUAGUAAUAAUAUUAGUAGCAGUAGGGAGACUGACUCAGCAAAAUUAGUAUGGGUUAACCCUGUAAAAUCUGGUGUAUCAUUUAGAAGGUCAAUGAGCAAAAGAACAGAUUAAGCAUUUUUCAGUCAAUUAAUUAAUUUAGAUUCGUAAAUAAGAGUUGAGAAAGAGACGGCUGUAUUUAAUGUACUGGGGUAGCUGGCCAUGUUUAAGGAAAAUGAGCUGUCGCUAUUUUUUCAGCCCAUCCCUCAAGUUGAAGUUAUUGUCAAAGGGAGCAUAGUGCUAGGGGCCUUUUCCAUAAUGAGUCCCAAAAGGGCUUUGGCCCCGUCAAUUGUAUACUUUAGAACAAGAUCCCAAAUGAUAAGUUAACAUUAAUUACCUCGUUGGCUUUCUUUGUUCCUCUUUUUACCAUUUAGUUACUAAGCGAUGUGCUUUAAUCAGUCUGGAGGGACGGAUAUGUUGGGCUCGAGCAAUUCCAUGCUGGACCAGCUAAAAAUUAGAUCCAAUCGGAGUUUUGGUUUUGAACCCCAAGGCCUAAUAUGAUGCUGAUCCACUUUCGGAAUCUACUGCUUAUAUGGCUAUUCAUUUCGUUGUAGGAAGUAAGAAAAUUAAGUUUGAUCGAGUAGAGGAAAAUGUCAAAGGAAUGAGGUGGAUGGAAAUUUGUCCACCCAAAGAUUUAGGCAAUUGAACUGCUUCUUUCCAAAGCCCCAUAAGCCCAUUCCUUGGGAAAUUUUUGCUAUUGUUCAGUCCAUCUUCUGGAAGUGUGAAGGUUUCAAAUUGGCAUGCAGUUCAUGUUAAAAGAUCAGAUUAUUGUGUUGCUGAUUGGCUUGCCAAAGCUGUUUGUGAAAGCUUAUGCCUUGUUAACUGGUGUCUAAUUCACCUGCCUCUCUGGAGGUUCAUUUUAAUCAAGAUUCCCGUUUUGGGGAGUAACUAAAAAAAAAAUGAAGAAACUGUUCAUUUUCUGGAUGGCAUGACAAAGAAAAGGACUAAAGCAUUUUCGGUAUUACAGCAUUAAAUGAAUCCUGACAUAAUAAAAUUCACCAAAACAAAAACAGAGAAAAGAGCCCAUUGAAUAUGUGAAUUGAAGAUCAGCAAAAAAAAAAGAAAAAUCAAAAAGCAGCACAAUCACUUUUAUUUUGGAAGGAUUACAAUUAUGAAGAUAAAGAAAUUACAUUUUCCUUUCAACAUCUGCUCAUGAAGUCUUACAAAAACCACCGAGUGUCUCAUUAAGCACAAAGGAAGAAAACAGUAAGAAACAAGAGAGCCAAAUAAACGUCUCUUGGGGUUUUUUCUCUCUCUCUCUCUCUCGCAAAAAUCUUUGUCUCUUUGGUUCAGCGGUCUCCUCUGCGCGACCGAAGGGGGUAUGCCCUCCUUGCUUCUGGGCAAGAUUGUGUGCAUAAAUAAAUAUGUCAUCUUUUGUGGUGAAUUGGUUCAGAUUAAGGAGGGCAUUUUAGAUCCACGGUUGAAUGAUUGUCUAGAUUAGCUUUGGGUGUUGCAUGCAAGAAGUGAGCCUCAAGAAGAAGAUACUUAAUAGAAUCAGCUUGCUAAUAGUUUUGAAGGAAGAAGUUGUUCUUCUUAAACAGCAGUUGUGCUUAUUGUAUUAGAGGCGUGAGCAUCUUCUUCGCUCGUUGGUGAAUGGAAGGCUAUAGCGCGAGUGGGUCUUUGUUGAUCUAAGUUAUAGACGCCCUCUAGGUGCUAAUGAUGUAGAUUGUUUCACCUGUUUUUGUGACCUCUGUUUCUCUGUUCGUCAUGGCCUCACCCACCUAUGAGUCUAUGUUGCUUGUGGUUGUUUUGAAUCCUAGAUUGCCUUGUUUAUCAUUGUAAACGAUUGUAUGAGUCUCUCUAAUCGACUUUGAUCUGUAGAGCUUUAUUUCUCUUUUGAUUCUUAAA